ACUUCAAAGGAGCCACGUGACACCAGUUUUACUCCGAGGGAGUCCACGCUUCUUCAUUGAAACCAAAAUAAGGGUCGUGGCACAGAAAAGACUAGUCAAUAGUAACUGUGAAUUUUAAUGUAACAAUUUAUUUUUGUAUUUAAAAGUUACCGAAACAAUAAUAAUUAGAAAUAAAAUGAGAGGCUUGCAUCUGAUGUCGCUGACAGCCCUCCUCUUUGCGACAGCUACUGGCUCACAACAAGACGUAAUUGACGAUAUUCUUGGAAGGUUGGGCAAGGCGACAUUUUUCUUUGAAAAUCAGCUCGAACAAAUAAACCUGGAUGGAGUAGUUGGGUACAUAAUUCUGCAAGCUGAACUGAAGGAGUCUAUCCGGAUAUGGCCGCAAGCAGACCUUGUGAGUCAGCGCUCAAUAGCUGCGAACCUGGCCAAGAGACUUGACCGCAGCACCGCCCAGGCUGUAGAUGCACUACAGAAGACUGAUCCAAAGUACUUCAGAGAAUUUGAACCUGUUCUGGAUGCAUCCUUCUGGACUGUUCCCCACGAAUGGGACACUUCGGAUCCAGCGCUGGCCUACACAGCCUUCAGGAUGAUGGAGUGUUAUGAUGAGCAACUUAGCGAUAAGUGCAUCACUCUGCUCUUGGGAACCUGGAAAGAUAAUGGAACUCCCUGCAUUGUUACAAAGGCCUGCAGGGACACAAUGACGAGGUUUGGCUGUCCUCAUUACUCCCUCUCUCACCAGCUGCUGUAUUUCAUGGUUGGGAAAAUGAGAGGAUGCUCCAACAUCCUACAGGGAGACAGGAGGGAGUCUCGAGCCAAUAUGACAGACAGAGACUACCAGAAGCUGUUUUGCUCGAAUAUGAUGAAGAGCAACACAGAGUUUGUAAGAAAUGGCUUCCCUGGUCAAACAAGGGAUAUCUUCAUAGAGAACAUAAUGUUGUGUGGCUUGACUGGCUUCUCUGACUUUUUCAAAUCGGACUGGUUACGGCAUAUUUUGUCAUGGCAAGACCCAGAAGUGGGCUGUUUUGGGAAAGAUGAGAAGGACAUCGCACAAGUGUUUGGUGAGGAGCAAGUGGAAAACAAACAGGUUCACAAAAGAGUGAGGAGAAGAGAAAAAACUUUAAAUGAUGGGUGCUCCAGUCAUAUGACAGGGGUUGCAGUCAGUGCUCUGGGCGGAUUCCUGAACUACUACCUGACAGAACAGGACAUUACAAAGAGACCGCUGACCUGAGUGCCAGAACACAGCGCAAUGAGAGUCUUUUUUUUUUUACAUAGAAAAUCAAGCUAUUGGCUUCACUGUUUUGCAUUUUACGACAGUUAAAUGCAUAAGUAUUGGAUGGGGGCACAACUUUAGUUGUUUUGCCUCUGUACUCCAGCACAUUGGAUUUAAAAUAAAACAAUAUAUAAUAAAAU